UAAGUCUGAUUGUGGAUGUUUGGUUUUGUCGAGUUGUAUCUUGAGCACAAAGCCUGGGUUUGUGGAGCCACUUUCGCCUUAUACCCCCAUCAUCCCGUCAUGACGUCAGGGUAAACAUGAGAGCACGUGACACAACCAAGUAGUUUGAGGAAGGCUAGGCCGUGUAAAAUCACAAGGCUAGUCGCCGCAUGAGGAGGAGCCUUCGAACAUCUCGCCUUCAUCGACUGGCUGCUCCUCCACAGCCGAGAUGUAUAAAAAGGAGGCCGUGCUGCCAGAUGAGCGCAGCUUCUGGGAAGAGUGGUCGCUUCUCUUAUGGACCUUUGUGGCCGUGAUAGUGCCGGUGGUCAUCACACUGUGGUGUAGCGUCCAACGCUCCAAGCGGAAAAGCCACAUGAAGGAGAUCUUUCGCAAGAGCAGACAUGGCUGGCACUACACGGACUUGUUCAACAAACCCACCUACUGCUGCGUGUGCUCCCAGCACAUCCUCCGCGGUGCCUUCUGCGACUGCUGCGGCGUGUGCGCCGACGAGCAGUGCCUGCGCCGGGCCGACCAGGAGCUUCCGUGCAAGGAAAUAAUGGCCCCUUCCAGGGAGGACGAGGGAAUGGAGCACCGCUGGGUUAGGGGUAACGUGCCCUUGGCCAGCUAUUGUGCAGUGUGCAAACAACAGUGUGGAACACAGCCGAAGCUUUGUGACUACAGAUGCGUGUGGUGUCAGACUACAGUACAUGACGACUGCAUGGAAACCCUGGUGGACGCGGUCCAGUGUGACCUGGGUGAAUUUCACAACCUCAUCAUCCCUCCUCAUUAUCUGUACCUCGUCAACAAGCUCCCCCGCAGACACCCUGAUGAGUACACAAAGCUGGCAUCCUCAUGUGGCUGUGGCUGGACUCCUGUGUUGGUCUUGGCGAACACGCGUAGUGGAAACAACAUGGGGGAGGCUCUGCUGGGAGAGUUUCGUAGCCUCCUCAACCCCGUGCAGGUUUUUGACCUGUCGCAGCUAGCACCUGCCAAGGCUCUCCAGCUAUGCACCCUGUUGCCCCCUGGUUGUGUGAGGGUGUUGGUGUGUGGAGGGGACGGCACUGUGGGAUGGGUGCUGGAUGCUAUUGACACCAUGAAGAUCAAGGGUCAAGACCAGUUCGUGCCAAGGGUGACCAUCCUUCCACUUGGCACAGGAAAUGACCUGUCCAAUACUUUGGGCUGGGGGUCGGGAUACGCUGGAGAGAUCCCGGUGGAACAGGUUCUUCGCAACAUCCUGGAUGCAGAGGUGGUCAAAAUGGACAGAUGGAAAGUGGAGGUAUCUUCCAAAGGCCUCUCUAUUCGAAAAGCAAAGGUUCUGUCCAUGAACAACUACUUCUCUGUGGGGGCCGACGCUCUGAUGGCGCUCAACUUCCACACACAUCGAGAGAAAACACCCUCCUUCUUCUCCAGCCGUAUCAUCAACAAGGCUGUGUAUUUCCUGUACGGCACCAAGGACUGUUUAGUGCAGGGAUGCAAGGAUCUGGAUAAGAGCAUUGAGCUGGAGCUUGAUGGUGAGAGGGUGCCGCUGCCCAGCCUGGAGGGCAUCAUAGUUUGCAAUAUUGGCUACUGGGGGGGUGGCUGCAGACUCUGGGAGGGAGUGGGAGAUGAACCCUACCCUCCCACACGGUUGGACGAUGGUCUGCUGGAAGUGGUGGGUGUGUUUGGUUCCUUCCACUGUGCUCAGAUCCAGGUUAAGAUGGCGAACCCAGUCCGACUGGGACAGGCCCACACAGUCAGGCUGGUUCUCAAGCGCUCCACAAUGCCAAUGCAAGUGGACGGGGAGCCGUGGGAACAGGGCCCAUGCACCAUCACCAUUACCCACAUGACCCAGUCCCUCAUGCUGUACCACAGCGCAGAGCAGACGGACGAUGAUGAUGACGAUGACGAGUCCAGCGCCUCUGAGGCGGAGAACACCACCCCUCAUGACUCACCCAGGCCUCCUUUGGCAGUGUCCGCUCAUGCUUGAACCAUCACGUAAUAUUUUCAUUUUUGCUUCCGAUGGAUUUUACAAUAAUCAUAUCUUGUUCGAAAAGCCUGUUUUUAGGGGCUCUUUCAAUAAAAUGUUAACUUUUUAAAGCGCCGAACCCCAGUACAGGGGGCAGCGUGGUCCCAUUUAUGUUGCUACGGCAACCACGGGCGCAAUGCCUUCAUCAAUAUACACUUGUUACACAGCUCCUUAACCGGAAGAAUGUCAACUAAAAGCUCAACCAAACCACUUUUAGAAAAACAGAAAGCAUUUCAAGCCACAAGCCACUUAAAGGGAUAGGUCACAUUUUUUGACAUGAAGUUGUAUAACUUACCCCCCACUUGGUCUA